UCACAAUGUCAUAAAUAUCAUCAUGAUUACACAACUGAUAAGAGUGUCUUUAACUACCUGGUGAAAUUUAACAAAUGUUAGAAAAUAUAUUAGUUUUGUUGUGGGAUAUAAAAGUUGUCUUGACUGUUUUAUCACAGUAAAAAUGCUGUCUGUAAAUUUGAAUACCAUCAACAUAUUUCUCUUAGGACUGUGCUGUGCUUUUGAAUCUCGAGUGAAUACCUGCAUUUCUCCAACCACCAGCUGUGACUGUUUCAAGGAGAAUUUUAGAAUAAUUAUUAAUUGCAGGUAUAAAAACCUUACAGAAAUACCAACAUUCGUUGACACAAGGCAAGUGUACGAUGAGAUACGAUUUACUUCAUUUGAAGAGACUGGGACCUGUCAGCCAACAGCUGGGUGCAACAACAUCACGCGUAUAGACGCAAAUGCAUUUGCUAAUUUGAAGGUGAGAACCAUAGAUUUGAGAAAUAACCCAGUUGCACACGUAGAUGUGGCAGCGUUCUCGGCUUUAGUGCCAAUAUUGGAAUCACUUCUACUAGAAGGAGAUGGCGCAAACGCGAUACCAUACCAGGCACUUGCUGCAUUGGAUAUACACCUAAAAGGACUGCAUUUACAAAAUUACGGCUCAGUUGUCUUACAGAGCCCAGUUGUGUUUCCUUUUCCAAAUUUAGAAUCUUUCACUCUUAAGAACUGGAGAAAUUUGGAUUCUAUCACGCCUAGUGUAUUUAAUAUAAUGCAGAACUUGAAGAAAUUUCGGUUGUUUAACAUGCCAUCUCUUGUGAGUUUACCUGUUCCAGCUAUUCAUAAAUUUCUAAAACUGACAACAUUAGAAGUUAUGGACACUGGAAUUAGAUCUAUUUUUGGAGACACGUAUUUUCCAUUGUCGGUGCUCUAUGAAAUUAAAAUAAGCGACAAUGUACAUUUAACAUCGAUAGAUAAAAGAGCAUUUAAUGGAGUUACAGAUACGGCCCUUUAUCUUGAUGUAAGUAAUAAUAAUUUGGACAACAUUGAAUUCCUCCUAAACGGACACUGGACGGCCCUUAGACGUCUAAAUAUCGGAUAUAACUAUAACCUUCGGGGUCUUCCUACUGGCAUCUUUGGUAAUAUACCUGCGUUAAGAUAUCUUGACUGCCAGAAUAUUGGCCUUACCCAAAUUGAUAAAACAAUGUUCAUAGGACUUUCAAGUCUCCAUACACUCGAUCUGGCAUAUAACCAAAUAACACAUAUUUCAACUGGGGCGUUUCAGAAUUCACCUUCUCUCGUAGAACUUCGUAUGAAUGACCAGCAAACACAUAAUCAACUCAUGAAGUUUCAGAAUAAUUCAUUUCUUGGAGUUGAAUCAUCAGUAGAAAUUUUGAAUCUAAUGGGCAACAGACUGGACCUGACUCAGUUUUGGGAAGAUUUAACUAGACUCGGAAACUUGAAAGAGUUGGACAUUACACAUACUGCUAUAAGAAUUAUACCUGAUAAUGCUUUCAGGGGCAACACAUUAUUGAAUACACUGUUACUUUCGGAUAAUAACAUUACAUCACUUAAACAGGAGACCUUCUAUGGACCAAGGCACACGCUUCGAACAAUAGACCUUCGAGGGAAUGGUAUACGAUAUAUUGACAUAUGUGUAUUAAACGACUUCCCAAUUAAGCCAACAAUGAUACUUUUUGGGAAUCCACUUGUCUGUGAUUGUGAACUAGUCUGGUUGUACGAUUGGUUUAAUACACAAAGCAAUCAGGCUCGUCUUGCGGGAGAUAUAGGAAUGUGUGCGUUUCCACCAUCGCUUUUAAACAAGUUUUUCCAUGAGUUUACAAGAAACGCUUUAUGCCCUGGGCCCCAGUCUACCAAGACAUGUCCAGCCAUAUACGUAACAGAUAUAAGCUCAACAACAACUACUACUACCACUACCGCCACCACAACAACAACAAAAUCCCCAUUGCCAUUGUUUGAGUUCGUUAUUGUUAAUGUGGACCAAACUUCUAUUGAGGUAACAUGGAAUAUAACCGACAAGACUUUUGUCACAGAAUUAAAACUUGAAAUAAAAUCUAACGGAAAUACUAGAAUCAUUUAUCUGGGAAUAGACCAAAGUUCAUACAUCUUUUAUCAGUUAACAGUUAAUAAAAUCUACACCAUUUGUCUUAUCUUAAAAAUCAAUGGUGAAUUUAGAGACGAAGGUGCCUACUGCAAACACGUUAGAACUCUUCAAUUUAACGCAGCGAAACCAACACCGCAUAAUCCCGACAGUGUACUUGGUUAAAAAUUACUUGACUCUCGGCUUUGAAUUUCUUGAAUGGUUAGCGAGAAAAUUACUGGAACAAGUCUGUUGGAAGCCGGCGUGCAAUUCCUGUAUCUGCUUUAAUUAAAGCCAUUCAGAUUUGAAAUUUAAUUUGGCAGCCAGUACAAAUGUAAAACUUGGUUUCUACUAGUGCCAUGUUCAUUGUUUUAUCUUUUCUAAUACAUGCAAUUGGUAUCUUUAUGUGUAUACGUUGUGUUUUUAAAUUUGCUUCUAUGAAAAAUUAUAACUUUAUGUUUAUAUAAAUAUAAUGAGUUCUGGGAGAUUUACUAGGAAAAAAAUGGUGAAGUCUAAACAACUUUUUCCUGUAUUUUAAGCUUUAAGCUUGAGCAUGAUUUCAGUGAUAAAACUUCCUAUCUCCUGGUUGUCAGAAAUAUUCUUGCAAAGUAUGUAUACGCAAGUCCUGUGUAAGAAACGUAAGAUUAUAGAAAGAAGAAAACUAAGAUGGAUUUACAUGUGUGGUUAAAGUAAUAAUAGGAUUGUAAUUUGCUUGGUAUUCCAUAUAUUCAGAAAGUACAAUAUCCAUUUAUUCAUUUAUGCCAAAGAGCACCUCAAGUGAGAGAGUAAAAUGAACUUUUCAUUACGACUGUUAAUUAGGUCUUUGUGUUGCUGGCAGUUUCUGGAGCCAUUUGGUGCCUCCUGCAAUACAUUGCCUCAUAUCAAGGUACCUAUAAUCCUACCCGAUUAUUUUUGACAAGUUAAAUUUCCAUUGAAUGUAAUAAAACAAAACGUAUUUCACAUUUAUUUAUAAUAACUGAAAAUGAAAAUGUCAAGUUUGUAAGCACUUUUAAAAAUUAUAUUUUUUUCCUGCUUUCUAUUUUUUAAGAUACUAGUAGUUUCAUGUACAUGUAUGUUGUGCUUGCCUAACAUACAUGAUUUUGUGUAUUUAUAUUUGUGUUUAUGUCUCAGUUUCUUUAAAGUAAAAUAUAAAGAAGGUAAUACAGUGUUGAUCAUAUUUUUAUAUACUAUGCAAAAUUUUAAUAAAUAACGUAGUGUCUUCUUUUUUCGUUCUGUAUUUUACAUUAUUGAAAAACAGAAUUAUACCAAGUUGUUACUCUGUAUGUAACCUGAUAAAUAUAAAGAUGA